AAGUAACAAGUGUAGAAAGUGUAAGUGUAAGAAUAAAUAGUGUAAGUGAAAGAGUGUAAGAACGCCACAUAGCGGACGUCGCGACCGCGAGGCGCGACCACGCAGAAGCAGAAUCGUGCGGGCUCGUAAGAUCAUGGUGUCGUUCGACGUGUCGCCCAGCGCAUCGAGCCGCGUAGUCCGCGAGAAUGUAAAUAAAGCGUCGCUUAGCUGACCAGUCCGCCGAGUGUGAGAGCACGUCGCCGCGAGGACACGCAAUAUGCGCGUAGUCGAAUGCACGACGACAGCCGGCCCAUCGAACAAUCACCAAAGAUGAACGUUCCAUUGUAUGGCGUUCUCGGAGCUGCCGCUAUUCUGCUUGCUUACAUCCUCGGCAUAGGAACAAUUAUAAAACUUUUCAUCUGCUUGCUUGCGUUAAUUUUAGGGACAUUGAUCUGUAUAUAUAGAACGUAUUCACCGAAUCUCGACAAUGUGAUUAAAUCUGAAAGGGAAGAUUUAAUUAAGAAGACUGAAAAGUUUCGACAGUAUAUUCUAGAUCUGUCUAGGGAAAGAAUGACAUUUACAUUAGAUAGAAGAAUAACUGGUAGUCGUAUCAUUGAUGAAUCCCUGCAAGAAAUUUUGGAUUUCUUGAUCAGAGAUUAUGUGGAACCGUGGUAUAAUGUUGUUACGGACGAUGAAGAGUUUAUCUAUUCCGUUCGAGAUACUGCCCAAAAAAUUGCUAUCAACGUAGCAAAUCGGGUCAAGAGCGUCGAUUGGAUACCCUACUUGACUACGCGACUCGUUGACGAUGCAGCUUCGCACGUCAGGUUAUAUCGACAAGCAAGUGCGAGGAUGAAGCAAUUACGAUCGAACAGGGUCCAGAAAGGUAGUGCCAGCUCGAGCACGUCGGGCGGGACUCCAAAGAAGACUCCUACUCAUCGGCGAAAUAAGAGCGAGACCGACGUGUCUUGGUACUCGCAGUCUAAAUUUUAUAUACCCAAUUUGUCAUCGCUUACCGAGCCAAUCGAAUCGUCCGGUGACGAUAAGGAGGACGAAUCACUAGAAAAGAUUUUCUUUGAUCUUGAGGUGCAGAUGGAAAAUAAUCUGAUAUGUAGGGACUUGGUAUGCACGAACGACAUCCAGGAAUUGGAAUUCCUAGGCGAAAUAUCUGAAAUCCUGUUGUACCUGGUGCUACCCAAGGCGGACUUCGAUUGUUUGACUGUGAGAUUCGUCUUAAGGGAAUUGUUAGUGAACGUUAUAAUCAGACCGUUAUUGGAUCUAUUCUCUGAUCCUGAUUACAUUAAUCAGUGUACUAAGGAUGGUGGUUUACCAAGUGAUAUCUUUUUAACAGUAAUUAGAAUAACGGACAGUUUAGACGAAUUAAUGGCGACAAAAAAUAUAGUUUGUGAAGAAAUAGCGCACCUGCGCUCAAAGGAUUCGGGCGGAGAUGAUCUGUCGGUAAAACAGCAGCUGAACAGUCUUGUUUACGUGAAGAAAAUUCUGGAGACGAGAAUCAUCGGUAUGCAGGAGGGCUUGGAAACGGAAACAGACGGUAUCGGCGCUCAACCGGAGUGGAACAGAUUGCUCAUACCGGGCCAGAAGCUAGUUAAUUUACCAUUAGAUGAAUUAUUAAAAAACAACAUUGCGCUCAGUUACUUUAUCGAUUAUAUGACUUCAAUUAAUGCAGAAGCGUACCUGUUCUUUUACCUAAAUAUCUAUGGAUGGCGGGUCUCAGCUGAGCAACAGAUAUCGGAUAUUGAGUUACAGAAGAUUCAAAGUGCUCAAUCUGGCUCGGGUGUAAUGGGCGCUAAACGUAAGAAUGCAGAUCUGGAUAAUCUAAAAGAAGCAGCCACGAAGAUUUACCAACAGUAUCUUAGCGACAAAGCGUCACCCAAACUGCAACUGGACGAUACGUUAGUGAGAAGCUUGCUUACGAAGACGAAGAUGGAAUCGGUUAAAGAAACAUGGUUUGAUGAGCUACGAAAUUGUUGCUACGAGAAACUACAGACUGAGGAUAGAUUCCUGCCAGGUUUCAAAAGAUCAUUGGCUUAUGUGAAACUACUCGCAGAGCUGGAUCUGUUGAAGGAUCCGGUAUCCGAAGACGACGCAAAAUCCUUGGACAGCAUAAGCUUGUCCAGCAUGAACAACGAAUUGGAUACUUUGGAGGAAAUGUCUGAGACAUACAAAAUCGACGACACAAAACUCGUAGUGAAGGACGGCACUAAGAAAUCGAGUUCCUCGACAAGUUUAACGAGCAUAGGCGAGGCGAACGAAAAUAGAGUAUCCGACGAAGUUGAUGCGGAUAUGGGCAAUCUCAAAAAUGCGAAAAACACACGUACAGGAUUUACUGCGGAGAUCGAGCAAAUCGGGGAGAAAAAGGACAUUUUGUUUGACGUGGAAACUAAUGUGGAACAAAUUGUUAAACUGGAUGAGAAUAAUUACGAUCAAACCGCAAUUAAAAAACUGCAGCAAGGUCGCUUCGAGAUCACUGCCACGAUUAUAGAAACUGGCAUUGUCAGCGAUCGUGGAAAAACGUACGGCAUAUACGCAGUAGCGGUCAUGAAAAAUUACGAUUCGGGCUACAAGGAGAAGUGGCAUAUCUACAGACGAUACUCCGACUUCUAUGAUUUGCAUCAGAAGAUUAAGGAAAAAUAUUACGAUUUAGCAAAAAUACCUUUCCCCGCGAAAAAGGCUUUUCAUAAUAUGGAACGUACGGUGUUGGAAAGACGAAUGUUGAUGUUAAACGCGUGGUUGUGCCAACUGACGAAGCCGGCGAUUAUGGAUGGCCAUAUGGGAUUGCAGAACAUGUUGUUAUCUUUCUUAGAACAAGGGGAUUACGAUAAAGGAGUCACUGGCGGGCAGAUCUCAAGAACGAUAGAUACUUUAAUGAAUCCCUUAAAGACGUCUAUGAAAAGCGUCACGCAGGCGGUUAAAACAAUGCCGGACAACAUGUUGAGUACUGUGGAUGGCGUAAUGGACAAUCUGAGUAAAUUUUUUGGCAAUCCUAAGAAGUCAAGUAUAUUUUAUGAGAAUACUAAAGUCAGUGCCGGUCUUGAUACAGAGACCGAUGACAAUAUCCCGUUGCGAAUUAUGCUCCUGUUAAUGGAUGAAAUUUUUGAUCUGAAAGUACGAAAUCAAUGGUUGAGACGGCGAAUCAUAACAUUACUGCGUCAAAUUAUUCGUACAAUGUUCGGGGAUAUAGUGAAUAGAAGAAUAGUGGAAUAUGUAUCGUUUAUGACCAGUCCAUCAAAAGUUGCGGGAUAUUUGCGUUUAUUCAAGAAUAGCUUCUGGCCGAAUGGCGUGAAGGCCGAGAGUAAACCGCCGCGAGACACGGAAAUGAAAAACAGAACACGAGUGGCAGCCAAGAUAGCUUUGCUUUCGUGUCUCUCGGAUGAAUUGAAACAUAUCAUAGGCAGCGAGACGACGAGGCGCGGCUUACUAAGGGUAUUUGAGUUGUUUCAGCGGCCCGUGCUAAACAGACGGCUGUUAUACGUGCUGUUGGAAGGUAUCGUCGAGACCCUAUUUCCGCAGAACAAUCUAGUGACACUUUUCAGGAAACUCUAUUCGGUCUCGCCAAGGGUGAGAAAUAAGAGUAAAGCGAAGUCCUGAUGGAAGAACAGGGCGGACUAAUGACCAAAUGCAAUGGUGUGAGAGCGACUAUGUAGUCGAAAAAAAUCCAUGGGAUUAGAAGUUUCGACUUCAUUAAUCAAUCUUUAAUAAAAUGCAUCUCUUUUUUUUGAAUAGCUUAGAGAUUUACAAUAUUAAAGAAUACUCAUACAAAGUGUCCAACAUAAAAGAAACAUAUUUAAUACAUAUGUGCCUUUAACCUAUUGAGCUCUUAUUCCAUUUUUACUCUUUAUUUUCUUCACAGAGAAAUAUAAUUGAAAAUUGAUAAAAUACUAUUUCUUUGUAAUUAAAUCCUUGAUUUUUAUAAAGUCUAUUUUUCAUAUUUUUCUUUUAUUUCAAAAAUAGUAAUUAUAGCAUAUGUAUUAUAGUAUGUUAAUUGUAACGUGUACUUAAUAUAAAAUAACGAGUGUGUGUUUAGUAUACUAGUGUCCAGAGACUUUACAAUUUUCCAUUUUACUAUUUCUAGAACAAAAUUCAAAGUGCUGAAUGCAAAGCUCAAUAGGUUAAGGGUCGUCAAUCGUUACGCUUAUUAAGAUAUUAUUGAAUGUUUAGUAUCUUCAAACAAUCCUCUGAGCUGCAGUAUGCAUAUAUUUGCCAUUGCAUUGGACACCCGUCGCGCCUAUAGCUUUCGACAGGGAACAAAACGAAAGUCAUACGCUUUCAUAUUUUGACGAUUUAUACGUUCAACGAUGCGCACGUCGGAAAAGUUAUAUCCUAUUGGUUUUUCUCAUUAAUUAAUCAACGCUGAAAAACUUCGAAAUAUUUCCAAUGAGACAAAAAUAUCUUUAAAAUAUUGAAACUUUUUGAAAGAUUUGCAAACGUUACGUAAUGCAAGAAAUAAGUAAAUUAUUUCAAGAAUAAAAGAUAACAUGAUACUCUCUAGGUGUCUUAGAAAAUAUAAAUUACAUUGGAAUACUAAAAAAUUAAGAUAUUAAAAGCAAGCUUAGGCUGGUAUUCAUAGUCGAAUCUUAUUUUAACAUUAAAUAGCAUCUUAAGUAACAUCUUAAAAUGUUAAUACAAUUUCGUAUAUAAUAUAAAUAAAAGAAUCGACUAUAUGUAUACUUUAAACUCAGCUUGCUUACUUAGCCUCUUUCUCUCUCGUUAGAUCUUAGAUCGUUUUUUACGUAAUAUGUACAAUAAUAAUAAGACUUUACCUUAUGUUUGCUAAAUGCAAUAAAAAAAUUUCCUCAAGAUAAGUUAUAUUCAACGAAUAACUGACUGCGUCAGGCAACGUAAAACUUUUUCAGACGUGCGCAACUAUUCUAAGUGAUCUAGUGGCCAAAAAAUACGAUAUACGGAUUUCAAUUGCGUAACCGAGUUUAUAACUUGGGCUCUGCUACUCUCGUUGUAUUAAUGUAGGGUAACAUAAAAAGAAACUCACGAACUCCUUGUGAUUACCUCGUAGGGGAAUGCAAUAAGGUCCAUGGAAACAUUCCACUUGCAUUUUAAGCUACACCGGCUAGUUAGUUAAUUAUUCUUUUUACAACUGUCCUUGAACUGCAACGUACUACGUAGACGUAAGAAAAGAACACCGUACAUCACCAAUUUACUUAAGUUCUAGAUGAUGCAAAGUGACACGAAGGAUGCGAUCAAUUUAGACGUGUAAUUUACCGCCGACAUUAUACUUAAUUAUUUAUGUUGGACUACAUUGAAGUUUAUUUGUGCCAUUCGAUUGAACUGUACCUAUUUAUUUUUUAACGAAAAAUUACAUACCGGCAGUCUCGAUGGCGCCCUUCAGACACUUCUGAGAAUUUUUGAGGACUAUUCCCUUCGUUAAAGAUACAAAACGCAAUUGUAUAAAAUUGUUGUACAUUUAUUCUAUCGUACGUCUGUAUAAAACGUUAUUUCUAUCUCAUGUUAAAAUGCCAUACACUUAUCACGUUUACUUAUUAAAGGAACUAUUUAUAAC